AUGGCCACUCCUCCAGAAUCGCCGGUGGAGGAGCAUGCGUAUGAGUUGGAACCGAGUAGAACCCCUAAACCAAUUCCCGUUGCUUUGGAGGAGCUCUGCAGACAGACAAAAUUUUCUAAACAGGAAAUUAGAGUCAUGUACAGAGGAUUUAAGACGGAGUGCCCGGAGGGAGUGGUCCAUGAAGAAUCUUUUAAGGACAUCUACGCCAAAUUCUUUCCACAUGGAAACUCUGCUCUCUACGCACACUACGUGUUUAAGGCGUUCGACGUGAACUGCAGCGGAGCUAUCAGCUUCAGAGAGCUCCUGGUCACGUUAUCAACGCUUCUCCGUGGCUCCGUUUACGAGAGACUGCGGUGGGCUUUCCGGUUGUACGACGUGGACGGUGACGGAGCUAUCACCCGUCAAGAGCUGGCCGAGGUGGUGGUUGCGGUUCAUGAGCUGCUGGGCAGGCGCGCACCACCUGGAUCACCUGCAGGCAGGCUCGACGACGCGAAAGCGAAUGAACAGGUGGACAGGGUGUUUAGGAAGUUAGAUCUGAACCAGGACGGCGUGAUCACGAUCGAGGAGUUUCUGGAGUCGUGUCUGAAGGAUGACGUCAUCACUCGCUCGCUGCAGAUGUUUGAUACAGGACUAUGA